AUGAAUUAAAAAUCAAAUGUACCAUAAAGUGUUAUGGAUUUUUACUUAGAACAUAAAUUUGAAAGGAGUUUUAUUGAAAGAUGUUGGUAGGAAUCAAAAGGUGAUGAAUUUAUAAUGGAUGAUUUGAUAUGGAAGGGUUAGGAAAAUACCUUUUAAUAAAGUAGUUCUCAAGUAAAAGUAUAUUGAAUCAAAAAGAAUGACAAUGCUAAUUAGGAUUGGUUUGAGGCUAGUUAAUUAGACAAACAUGUGUCAAAAAUCAUGUAAUAAGUGAUAAAGAAGAAACCCAGAGAGGCUAAUAAUUUUGUAGGAAUUGAGAAUCUAGAGAGUGAUAGCAUUAUAAACAUCAUGCUUUAAUUAAUUCAUUAAAUUCCUUAACUUUAUGAGUUUUUGUUAAGUAUAAAUAGUAAUACUUCUAAUGUAAAAAUCUAUUAAAUUGAAUUAGAAAUCUGGAUAAUUUUUAAGAUGUAUAUAAUUGUUAUUAACAUAAUUGACAACAUCUAAUACAAGUUUGAUCAGUUCAAAGUAACUAUUAAAUGCAUCUUUUUGGAAUCAAUAAGAUUAGGAUUAUUUAGAGAUUGAGAAAGAUCCUAUUCUGAUAUUUUUCUUUCUUUUAACAAAAAUUGAUUAAUCUUAUAGAGAAUUGACUAACAGUCUUUUAGGAAAAAAUGAGAAUUUUUUUAUCAGAGAAUUUAAUUCUAUUUUUAAUACUAUAAUUAUGAACAGAUAGAUAUAAGAGAAAAUAUACAUAUUAGUGACAGAAAUGAAGUAAGUUAGUGUUUAUAGUUUUUUAUAUGAAUAAUACAAAUAAAAAGUAUGUGCAUUACCAUAGAUAUUAUGCAUUUAGAUAAAAAGAUAUUAGAAUAAUAUUAGUAAGAUAAAUAUAAUAAAUUUAGAAAUAGAAUAGGCAUUCGAUAUAAAUUAAGUAUUAGAACUUGGUUUUUUGAAAAUAAAUUUCCAAGGAUAAUAAGUUAAUGAAACAAACAUAUAUGAUUUAGAAAAAUUACAAAUGGAUAUAAGAAAUUUUAGUAAUACUAUUCAAAUGUUUACUGAAGAGGGAACUCAAUAAGAUAUUAUUAAAAUCUUAUAAUCAAAAUUACAUACUUUAGAAACUUUAUCAAUGUAAAAAUUUGACAAUAUAUAAAAAUAAAAAUAAGCUUUAGAAUUCUCAUAUCAUGAUAACAAUACUAAAUAUGCAGUUCAUUCGAUUACAGUCCAAAAAGGUUAACUUAGUAAUUCUUUAAUACUCUAUGUCUAUAAUUUCAAAUCUAAAAAAUGGUUAAAAUUUUAAAAUAGUAAAUGUAAUAUUGUUGAAGAUGAAGAAGUUACAAUAUAUUCUUAAAAACAUGCUUUAUUUGUCACCUAUAUUAAUACAAAUUUAAUACCACAAUUUAUUAAUCAUUAAGAGAAUUUGAUUGAAAUUGGUAAUAUAGUAUCAGCAAAUGAUAGUUAUGAUAUAAAUUAAAAUCGAAAUUUAAGAAAUUUAAUACCUAAAGAUAUUUUAAUGGAAGCAUAUAAAAUUAAUUUAGAAAAUAAAAAAUAAUUUAAAUGA